UAUUGGCAGCUCUCUCUGAGGUGUUCAUAUCCAUUUGUGACACCCCCUCCUUUUGAUUAUGGCCGCCUCAGCAUCAUAGCAUACCAUCUUUCCUUUCUCUCUCUAAAAAGUUUCAACCUUUCUCUCACUCCUAUGAAUUAAUUUGGCAUUGAAAUUUACAGCUCAAUUCUUUUUUCUUUCCAAAGUAGAACCCUUUACGUAGAUUCACCCAAUCUCUUAUAUUGUCACAUUCUUCUUCUUAUUCUUCUUCAAUUCAGUGACAGAGGACCAGAAAAAAGCCCCAACCUUUAUUAGGGUUUGGUACCUCUGCAUGCAGAUUGAGCUUAAAUGGGUGACCUUGGAGAGGUUGGACCUGAAAUUAGUUCGGAUAUAGAAGAGGACUUGAGGUGUGAUAAUAUAGCGGAGAAAGAUGUCAGUGAUGAGGAGAUUGACCCGGAGGAGUUGGAGAGACGAAUGUGGAAGGAUCGAAUCAAGCUCAAAAGGAUCAAAGAGAAACAAAAACUUGAGGCUCAACAGGCUGCGGAGAAGCAGAAGCCAAAGCAGUCAUCUGAUCAGGCUCGAAGGAAGAAGAUGUCAAGAGCACAGGAUGGGAUUCUAAAGUAUAUGUUGAAGCUGAUAGAAGUGUGCAAAGCUCGUGGAUUUGUGUAUGGUAUCAUUCCUGAGAAAGGCAAACCAGUAAGCGGUGCAUCUGAUAACAUCAGGGCUUGGUGGAAAGAGAAAGUGAAGUUUGAUAAGAAUGGCCCUGCAGCCAUAGCUAAGUAUGAAGAAGAGAUUCUGGCCAUGACUGACGCAGACAGUAACCGAAAUGGUAAUUCACAGAGCAUUCUCCAAGAUCUACAAGAUGCAACUCUUGGUUCUCUACUUUCGUCCUUGAUGCAACAUUGUGACCCCCCUCAAAGGAAGUAUCCAUUAGAAAAGGGAGUUCCUCCCCCUUGGUGGCCUACAGGAAAUGAAGAUUGGUGGGUGAAAUUAGGGAUACCCAAUGGUCAGAGUCCCCCUUAUAAGAAGCCGCAUGACUUAAAGAAGAUGUGGAAAGUUGGAGUGUUAACAGCUGUGAUAAAGCACAUGUCCCCUGAUAUUCCAAAGAUAAGACGGCAUGUCCGCCAGUCAAAAUGCUUGCAGGAUAAGAUGACAGCAAAGGAGAGUGCAAUUUGGUUGGGUGUUCUAAGCCGGGAAGAAGCCCACAUCCGGCAGCCCAGUAGUGAUAAUGGGGCAUCUGGCAUAACUGAGAUGCCACAUCUUGGGCGUGGUGAAAAGCAUGCUGCUGCUAGUAGUAACAGUGACUAUGAUGUUGAUGGUACUGAUAAGGAGCUAAUUGAUGCAGGAUCUGUUUCAUCCAAAGAUGACAGGAGGACUGAGCUGAUGGAUGUAGAGCCAUCUAGCAAGCUACGUAAUAGUACUCCGACUAGUCAUGUCGAAGAUAAAAAGAAAGGUGAAAAGAGAAAAAAGAGAAAAAGGGCUCCUGUAAGAUCAAGCUCCGAUGAUCAACUUCAUGCACCAAGUCACAAUGAGCAUUUGCUUGUUGAACCAAUAAAUGCUUUGCCUGAUAUGAACCACUCUGAUGCUCAGAUGAUUGAAUUUUCAAUUCAUGAAAAUCAUCAGGAAAAUGUUCCAGUCACAACUUUACUGCCAGCAGAACAAGAUCUUGGUGUCCAAGCAUUACAGGCAUCAGGGUUUAACUACUAUGCUGAUGUACCUUCUGGUGGUGUACUUGAAACGACCCAGGGAAUGCAUGUGGGUGGAACACCCAUGCUAUAUCAUGAGUUGCAUCAUGGGAAUAUGUUUAACCUUUAUAAUCCUUCAGCAGAUUAUUUACCUGGUCAUGACAGGGAUCAGUCUCAGAUUGUGAUGAAUGGACUGCAAAUCGGACCAGCAGAUGGAGUUCCUAUACAAACAGUUAUAAAUGGAGAUGAGAUUACUGGAGGAGAUUUACCAUUGAUGCCAAAAGACUCAUUUCAGAGUGAGCAAGACAGAAUGGUCGAUGCUAACUUUGGGCCUCCAAUUGACAGCCUGCCAUUAGAUUAUGGGGAGCUAUUCAACAGCCCAUUCCGAAAUGACCUUGCAUUGGAUGACUGGAACUUGGAUGAAAUGAUGCCAUAUUUUGCUGCAUAACUUGUAAGAUUAGAUGAUAAGUCAUGUUGCUCUCUUAUAUGCUGCCUUGUUUACAGAUUGUGUCCGAAUUGAUCGAGAUACUUUCUUUCUUUAGAAAAAGAACGAGAAAAGUCGAGGGACUGCACACCCCCUCCCCUAGGGGGUUAGAGUCUGUAGCUGGAAGUUAUGUUUUUAGUGUUUUCUAGAACUCAUCAUUUUGCUGACUUAAGUGAAGGGAAUGAUGGGAGAUUUCGUUUUAUAGUUUCCUUUCACUCAUCUUAAAUAAGAAUGAGAAUCCUGUGGUUCAUGUAAAUAGUCAAUUUAUUUGAGGCUGGAUGAACGCCAUAGUUAUGAUUAUUUUGUCAAAAGUCCUGAAGGACCUGUUAUUUCUCAGUUAUUCUAUACUCUAUUUUCUAGUUUUUUCAUGUAAUUUCUUUAUGAAUUCCAUUUGCUGUCAAUAUUCAGCCACCAAACGACUUCCUUUAUAUAAAAUGAGUACUUGCUGUAAUGGUCUUGCAGUACUGUAUCUUGCUGGAACAAUUUGUGCCUAAUUUCUUAACACCUAAUUAGUUGAGAGUUGAGAACAAAGUCUGCCAUCCA